AUGGAUACCACCACGGAUCAGGAUGCAACCAUCCCGCCACCAGCCUCGUCGCCCACAGCCGAACUCCUCGCUACCCCUCCAGCCACGGCGCACGAGCCCCUCCAGCCACUCGAUCUCUCGGAGGAGGCCCUUUUAGCUUCCGAUCCGGAAUCUCGCCAGUCUCGGGCUCCAUCCCCCAAGAGCAUGGAGUGCUCGUCACCCAGUCGUCAUCAAUCCCCAGAUAUUCGUGUGUCUACUCCGGACUCCUCGUCCUCAACAUCAUUGGAUUAUUCGCCACCUCACGCCCCUGCAGGCUUUUCCACCGCUGAUGUGAAAGAGGGCGAUAUGGCAGCCGCACCUUUCCCAAAACGUCACUGUGAUCCCAUCCCCGUCGGUCAACCCCGCCCCGGUCCAUCCCGUGGCAGAUCCAAGUCACUCGGUGCUGGAAGAUUCCCCAGGAAGCAGUCGCAGCAGCGCCAAACCAGCUCACGUGGUCGCCCCGCGGCCAGAAGCAGAACUCAGUCGCUACGAGCACGCCGUGCUUCACGUUCUGCGAGUCGGGCCACAAGACCAGCUGAAUUGCCCCAACGUACUCCAGAGAAUUACAGUCACUAUCUGACAGGGCUGCAUCCAUGGGCCAACCUCAUAGCCCCUCGCCCAAUUCGCGUUCUGCGCGAUCAAGAUCUCCAGGCCGGAAUAGUGCUCGACAAUGACGUGUAUCGCCAGCUUCCUGCUUCCGGAUACUUGUCUCACAGAGUCGACCACUUCGCGUUUGUAACGCCACGACAACGCGACGACAAAAUCUUUGGAAUCGUACUAUCUACCCUAGUACGCCGGGACAGGAUACAAUCGUUCCAGGCCGCUUUCGAAGACGCCCCGGAUCCCGUGGUCGUACCCCCAUCGGUCUGUGCGUUCGACAUCGCGACAGUACAGCAGGACGAGAUGUUGCUUGCCGAAUCUCGUUACAACGUCUCAACGGCCAUCAGAUUCUCGGAACCGCCCGUCUCCGUUCAGGCGCAAAAUCAACUCUGUGAGGCCAUCCGUCACACUCUCCCGAUGCACCCUAGUGAAGGGUUACUUCCCCUCAAGGUCUUCCGCCUCGAUCCUCAGGAAUAUGCAUGGCUGGACGAUCGCUUGGGAAAGUUUGAUUCUUUUCACGAGGACCCUCAAACAGCCAAACGUAAGAUGUCCAAACUGUUUAAUGUCGCCUGCUCUGCAUUGGCGGCACUCGACUCCCUUGUGGACGACAAAGUCUCGCACUGGGUCACCGCCACCAUUCCCAAUCUGACCGCCUACCCUAUCAGAUUGGACUUCCGGCUGGAAAAUAUGGCCAGCGAGGCAGGAUGGAUGUCUAAUCGAUCCAUCUCACUGUGGGUCGUAGGCGCUUCGUCUAUUUCCCGAGCUCAAAUUCGGUCGGUUGAGACCCGAGCCCAUGAAAAACUCCUGAUAAUAACCGCUCAGGCCUUUCCUUGGUCACACGAACCCAUCGCUCGCAGCAUCACCACUUACGGCAGACAUUUUGAAGAACGGACCUUCGUCGAUAUCUGUGUCCGGCUUGGCAAACAGCAACUCACAACUUCUAGCCCUUACUACGAGAUCAUCUCCCGCAUGAACCUUGUUAACGCUUUGGUUCCGUCGAGCAUCGGCGACGCGGUGAUCGACACCACCUAUGGGCGAGCAUCAAUCACCUGCGCUAACGUGAACGACCCUGUACUUUUCAGCCCACAGGACGGAGAGGUGCAAUGUCUCCUCAACGGCAGAGAAGUUACUCUCACGCCCGACCAACGAGCAGCCGUCGCCUUAGGCCUCAGUCGCUAUCCUAUUGUAGCCAUCCAGGCGGCCUUCGGCACAGGGAAGACUGUGGUAGGAGCACUAAUAGCAGCACUGUUGACACGAGCCUCGUGUCCAGUUAUCGUCACAGCGACGACGAACGCUGCAGUAGCGCAAUUCGCCGAAACCCUCCUCGCACUUAACAACCCAGAGCUCGUCCCCGUUCGCUAUCUUUCCGACUCGGCGGCCUCGGAUAACACUAACCCAACACCGGUCGACCUUAACACGCUACUGGCAAACUUGGAAGCCGAACACGGCGGUCAAAUGACGGAAGAAGAGAUCACCCUCUGCCGCGACUACCGGGAUGGUCGUCGGGUAAUCGAGCGAUAUCUCCAAGACCCUGAUCAGGUCCUACAGAUGACGGAAGAGGACAAGGAGGAGUACCUAUUGUCGGAGAGGUUUGUUUCGCGUAAUCUACAGAAGAUGGUCAACCUGCUUUUCCGACUCCGAUCGCCGAACAUCUUACUCGCUACUACGGCUUCGUUGCUCAAUACAACAUCACCGGGAGGCAUUUUCACCAGGCACAUCCACCCCUUCAAAGUCCUCAUAGGCGAUGAGGCAUCCCAAAUUCCGGAACCAGUUUUGGUAGCGCUCGCCAUCAGACUACCAUCUGUUCGUCAUAUCUACAUUGGGGACGUGUAUCAACUUGAGCCACACGCCAAGUGCUCCCGAACAGCAAAUCCGGCUAUCUACGGUGCACGGAGUAUAAUGGACGUCCUCAAUAAGGCUCGCGCUGUUCCCGUAGCACCCCUCCACACCACUUUCAGAGUCCAUCCAGACCUCAUCCAGCUCUCGAACCGGGUCGCUUACGAGGGCCGAUUGAUCAGUGGAAUCCGUCGUCAAGAUCGUCAGAUGCUGCUAUCCGUCAUGCAUUUCCCGCAUCCACAAAUCCCAUUCCUAUUUCUCGACUUGCCUUCCAGUUCCAUCCGAGCACCGAGUAAGUCUCUCUAUAACGAAACCGAGGCCCGCAUGUGUUGGGAAAUGAUCGAUCGCCUCCGUGGCCGCGGCAUCGACGCUUCAUCAAUCUGUGUCAUCACGUUUUACCGCGAGCAGUACCGCCGUCUACGGGACACAGCUGAAGAGCUCGUUGCAAUAAUUGACUAUCAACUCCUACACACCGGUAAUUUCGCUGAAGACAUCGCGCGAACGUUGAUGCUCACGAUGUCGCGACAGCAACGAUGGAACCAUACGAAUGCACUCCUCAAGCGUUACCAUGACACAUUAACAUCACUGUCCAACGGCAAUCCGCCUUACCCCAUUUCCAAGGUAAAAAAACAUUAUGUUGCUCUUUGCGGCUACGUUAAAGUCAACGUUUUGAGGGUGUACGAGGCAUACGAACGGAUCUUCCCCUACUCCAUGAACUUCGGGUUGUUUGCUAUGGCCACCUAUUUUGACAUGUACAAUAGGCUAGAACAGGAUGAAGUGAAAAGACGAGAGAUCCAGAAUGAGAUAACUGACAGACCCUAUGGGGCAAUAACUGAUGCUGAGCGAUAUAUUCGUCUACGGCAGAAUUCACGAAGUCCUCGAAGGGUCUAA